AUGUCUCCUCUCCUUCUUCUUCUCCUUCUCUCUCUCACCGUCUUUUCUCCGUCAUGCCAAACUAAACAUCUGGCGGUGAGCGCCGCAGGACCUCAACCAUCAUUUCGGGGUAUUGUUUUAUCGCUCCAGCCUGCCUCUCGGCCUCUUAUCUGUUUCGGGUCUUAUCAAACGGUUAUCUCUUUUGCUGUGAAGACAUAUUGCGUUUUGUUUCCUAUCUGUUAUGGGUAUGUGUGUGUACUUGCGUUACGUGUGUGUGUGUGUGUGUGUGUGUGUGUGUGUGUGUGUGUGUGUGUUUGUGUGUGGGGGAGGACAGAGAUUUGACAUGGACGGGUCCAGCAGUGCCUCUUAAGAGCGCUUGAUGGGAGUAUGGAAGUCACUGCGCGCAUUGGAUGUGUUUUAUUGGAGUUAUAGAUGAUACGGAGCCAGACAUGCCGUAGAAUGAAUAGUCAGAUCCAUAGUUAGUUUUUUUUUUAAUUGACAGAAUUUAGGCUGCUCUUUUAAAGAUGAAAGCGAGUUGUGCAACAGAGGGUAGACUACUCCCUCACGAUUUUUGUUAACACUACGGUGUAUGGAAAGGGCUCCUGGAUGGACCUGGGCGAAAACAGCUGGUCCAUGGUCAAGCGAGAAGUAUCCAGCAGCCCAGGCUCGCCGGCUGAGCAUACCUACCUGUCCGGUGACAGCAGGAGGGACGGUCCCACCUCGGAUGAGCUGAGGACUCCUCCGAUCGACCUUGACGCGCUGGGGCACCGCCGCUCCGACGGCAGGUCACUACACUCCUACGUUCACUUCGGACACCAUAGCAACACCCUGACCCAUGCCGAGGACAUCCCGCUGUUUACGGAUUUAGACCAGGGCGGCAAACUCGUCCUCACGAGCGGAGCGCACAAGGCGAGCUUGCUGGUGGACCCGACCGACAUGUACCAAACACUGGCCAUCGCCGCAGCCCAGAGCCAGACUGGAUAUGAUUCCUCCUCUGGUGGUUAUAUGCACUCCAACCCCAACUCCCCCGUGUAUGUCCCCAGCUCGCGGGUGGGCCCCAUGAUACCCAGCCUCUCGUAUCUGCAGGCCAGCGGCUCUGUGCAGCCCAGCCACGCCGUCUCCAGCCACUCGGUCUGGUCGCAGUCCGCCCCGGAGAGCCCAUCAUACAGCACCGGGAGCCCGCACACCUCUAGUCGGUUCCACUACCCUCCAAGCCCGCCCAUGAAUAACGGGACGCCUAGGGACAGCGGCUACAGCAACACGCUGAACGUGAGCAGCAGAGACCAGUACGGCCUGUCUCGGCCCCUCAGUGGGACCUACGCGAGUCCAUACUCUCCAUAUGUUGCACCGCAGCUGUCCCAGCUGCCCUCGCCUUGGACCGGGGGACCUUUUGAUAACACGAUGCUGCACACCUUGCAGAGCAGAGGCGCGCCCUUGAUUCGAGGACCAAACGGAGUUUCAGAUAUCCUCGACGACAUGGGGGAGAGCAGAGAGUGCGUGAACUGCGGCUCCAUCUCCACGCCUCUCUGGAGGCGCGACGGCACGGGCCACUUUCUCUGCAACGCCUGCGGCCUCUACAGCAAAAUGAAUGGGCUGAGCCGGCCAUUAAUUAAACCACAGAAACGGACGUCGACCUCCAGAAGAAUCGGCCUGUCCUGCGCUAAUUGUCAAACCAGCACGACCACUUUGUGGCGCAGAAACGCGGAGGGAGAGCCCGUGUGUAACGCGUGUGGGCUCUACACAAAACUGCACGGGGUUCCUCGGCCGCUCGCCAUGAAGAAAGAGGGAAUCCAGACAAGAAAAAGAAAACCGAAGACCUUGAAUAAGACGAAGGGAUCCUCUGGAAAUAACAACUCUGUCUCUAUGACUCCCACAUCCACAUCUUCUUCUAAUUCUGAAGAUUGCUCGAAAACCAGCUCUCCCACGGGACAGGUGUCAGGGGUCAGUUCGUCUGUGCUGUCCAGCUCAGGGGAGGGAACCGGCUCAGCGGUGAAGUACCCGGGACAGGAUGGCCUGUACACCAGCGUGGGUCUGUCCCAGCCAUCAGAUGUAGCUUCAGUGAGGGUUGAACCCUGGUGCCCCAUGGCCUUAGCUUGAACAUCUAAAUCUUUGGAAGGACGGCAAUCCGUGGCCCCUCUGUCUGGAUGCUAUGUAGUGUGGAAGUAUUCAGUGGGCAAUGUUUGUUUCCUUCCUCGCAGCUGAUGCGAGAAGAGUCGGACAGGGUGGAAAGGAGGGUGAGGCGACCUUCAGUCACACUGCAAGCUUGAACCGAGCGUGGAAUAGCUGGGAUUGGUUUCCAGAUUGGUGUGGGGGAUCUUGUUGCCUUAAAAAACAACAAAGGGGAUCGCCAGGCCAGAUGAUCAAUCAGGUGGCUGGCUUUGGAUGGUGCCUGGACCCGCCAUGCAGUCGAUAUCUCAUCCCAUCCACCAUGGCACAGAACCAGAUCUCCUUUCUUAAAAUAAAGCCAUCAUGUACAUAAUGGAUUUCCUCUCCGAAGAAAAAGCUGUUGAUUGGAUACCACUGCUUCAUAAAGCUCUAUAUUCUAUAAGGACAUUUAGAUUUUUGUUUUUGUUUUCUUUCCACAACUGGAAUCAUGCCACAAGUGCCAAGACAACUUUUAUGAAUCAAAAGUGAAACGUAUUUAUAAAUCUUCCAUUGUUGAAAACAUGGCUAUGAUUGUUAAUAAAGAUAUCAAUAUAGAGUAGAAGUUAAACCAUUCUGAUGUCUAGUUUUUGGGUUGUUUUUAAUACAGUAGUGUUGAAUCUGCACAUUUUCCGCUGAAAGCUCUUACUGUAUUUGACUGAAACUAGUUUGGUUUAAACAGGGUAUAAAUGACUGCGUCAUCUAAUGGUUUUGUUUAAUUAUUUACUGAAAUAAUGCAAAUAAUCAACUCUUUCAGACCAUUUAUUUUUAUUCUGAAAUGUCAGCUGUUAGCAUUAAGGUACUACAAAAACUCUUUGGAUGCCUUGUUUGAACAAAGCACACCCAGAAUAGCUUUGGGCCCACUGACCUUUAUGUUACAAGACAUAAACUGCAGAAGAAGACUGUUGACUACCUGACUCACUGUAAAAUGUGUACUUUUCACAAUGCAAGCAUGUACAACUGCGUCAUUUUACACCAAAAUUAGACAGAAAGCAGAAAGUGAGGUCACCUCUGUAAAAACACAUGUUAUUGUGAUGACUUUGACUAAUCACUGUGAGGAUUAAAGGGAGUGUAACGUGGCCGUGGUAGUUUAACAUAAUGAGGUGUUAAUUGAAAAAGGGAAUAAUAGAAUCAAGCAAGUUAUAUAUAACGAUGCGAUGUUUUCAUCAGGAGGCACAUUCGAUUCUGUGGCACAGAUUUUGAAUUCACAGCUGCACGGGUGGAAAGCAAAAUGAAAAUUGAAGUGGUUAUGUUUGAAUUUCCACACUGUUUUUCUCCAUGUCCUCUAGCAGUGGUGUGGGCGGAGACUCCAAAAAUCAUUUUAGGCCAAAACACAAUCAUUGGGCCAUUUAAACCUGAAGGCAGUCUGACCAGUUACAUGUGAAACUUGGCAUAAAGAGGGUUAUUUCUUAUCUUUUUUCUUUCACAACUUGCUUCAUCCAAAAAGGGCAUGCCAUUCAUUCUUCUGGACUUAUUUAUUUUUUUGGAAAUAUGUUUAUUUUCGCUUCAUUUUCUUUUGCUGUUGUUUCAUUUUUUUAUUUUUACAAGAAAUUCUUUUAUUUAAAUUUCAGUCCAAUAAAUUGUUCUGGUAAUGCAAAUGACUUUACAGCUACCCUGUGUUUUACAGAAAAACAAUCAGUAUUUUUUGAAGAUGUGGAAAGAACCCCAUUCUUGCAUGAUAUUAAUAUUACUCAGGCAUACUUGUGUGAGAGGCAGUCACAGCCAUGUUCUAACUCCCCAUUUCUCGCUGGCGGAACACAAACUGGCUUUACAUUCUCAGAUGUUUCCAUGAUUGGGAAGGGAAAUCAAGACUGGCCAAUGCAAGGCAAGGAUAUCUAUGGAGAUAUAGUAUAUGGGGAAAUAAAUGUUUUUAAAAAUUGCAUCUCAAACCAAAAAUGAUUCUUGCAGAUUUUGAUUUCCAGCUUUUUCUGGGUGGUUUGCUUCUACAUUCUGCUCAUGUUUCAUUAAAGCAAGCCUUUAUUCUUC